AUGGAUAGUUAUUCAAUGGACAGUUUGACUUAUUAUUCUACUAAAAUGAAUGUUAGUAAUAAACAAACUGAUGUAAAUAUCACUCACAUUGAGGAUAAUUUCAUUCAUAACAAUGUCGAUAAUAAUAAUAAUAAUCAUGUUAGACGAAUAAGACAACAAUUUCAAUUCGAUAAAACAACACAACGAACUGAUCGCACACAUGGUACUGGAUUGAUUGGACAUCCGGAUGCUGUACAUUAUACUAGUCGAUCAGAAAUUAUAUUAUACAAUUUAUAUGCAAAGUCAGGAUUUUUAAUACAAAUUCGAGCUCAAAAUCCUAACGCUUACUGUCCGUAUAGUUCUCCAAUAUUUUUACUUUCACCGAAAUACAAUACAACUGUGAACACUGUAGCUGAGUUCAACCAUGAUCAAAUAAAUGAAACUAACCAUGUCGGCAUGUACAGUCAAUCAAAUCAUGUUGUACCUAUAUCUACAUCAACAUUACAUUCAAUGCAUAAUCAAAACUUGAUUUCCCCGCCACCUAUAUUCAAUUAUCAAUCUUUUGAAAAUGAUACUGUGGAUAAAUAUUCAAAUUGGAAUUUAUCAUCAUUGACGCAUAGUUUAUCUAGUAAUCUCAUCUCAUCAGCUACAACAACAACAACAACAACAACGAUGACACCUACAUCACAAAAUCCAUCUGUGUUAACAAUUGGCCUAUUUUUAUCCGCUGCUUUAACAACAAUUAUCAGUAUUAUUCUAUUGAUAACAUUGAUCAUAUUAUGUGUUUAUCGGUAA